AUGACCCUCUGCAUUCUCGUGGACUGUGCAGCUAAGGCAGCACUGGCAGGUGGCAAAUACACCGGACAAUAUUUGCCAUGCGUCCUUUUUGUCGGAGGAUUCCUCGACGAGGAGGGUCUGGCUAGAAGCAGUUUCCUGCAGGAGCUGAACGACUUCUUGGCCAUGCCGGAGGAGAGCGCGGACGUGGCCCAGUCUGCUAGUAAUCUGGAGGAGCUCCUCCUCCGUGCCCCUCCCGUCGUCCUUCGUCUUCAGUCGCAGGUGAGAGAGGCAGUGGCGACCAUCUACGAGCCGAGCGGAGAGGCGGAGGUCCCACUCAAGUUCACGGCAGGGCUCAUCCUGGGCGUCCCGCUCGACUGCGAGGUGUCCAACGUGACCGAGGUUGGGGCCCUCCGCAUCUGCGUCAAGUACCCGGACCGAUCCUUCCACCUGAUCCCCCCGCGUCGCUCCGACCUCCGUCCGGACGCCACAGGCCGCACCCAGCGGAUCCUGACCUCGGUGCGGAUCUCGCACACCGUGUGGACCGAGUCCUGCCACGUUGGGAUCUCCAUCGCCCUCGACCUCGGGUCGAAGCCCGGGUCCGGCGCUGGUGAGGAGGAGUCCCGGGUCAUCCACCUCUGCCCGCCCGUCAUGGUCAACGUCUCGCCCAAGCCCGCACGCAAAGGAAUUUGAUCUAUGU